CCCCCCCCUUAUUGUCACCCUCACUCACACCACACACACACACACGCACACACACACACCAAUCAACCAACCGUUCAUGGCGUCGUCAUCGUCGGAGCAGCAGCAACAAAAAGACACGCUGCUGCUACCCCCGCGCGGACGCAGCGCGUCAGUCAUUGCGACGGAGCAGGACUCGGUCCGCACAAAGUAUGCGUGGCUGACGCUAUACUUCAGCCUCAACCUGGCGUUGACGCUCUACAACAAGGCCGUCAUGGGCAAGUUCCCGUUCCCGUACCUGCUCACCGGCAUCCAUGCCGCCUGUGGCAGUCUCGGUUGCAUGUUCUUCUACUACCGCGGAACGUUCACGCUCACGCGCCUCACCGACCGAGAGAACCUCACGCUGCUGCUGUUCUCCACGCUGUACACUAUCAACAUCGCUAUCAGCAAUGUAUCCCUGCACCUAGUGACGAUCCCGUUCCACCAGAUCGUGCGCGCGAUGACGCCGUUCUUCACCGUGAUAAUCUACCGUUUGGGAUUCGGCAAGACGUACAGCCGGGCGACGUACACUUCGUUGCUGCCGGUGGUAGCAGGCGUCGGCUUCGCCACCGCCGGGGACUACUACUUCACGCCGAUGGGUUUCAUCCUGACGCUUCUGGGGGCGUUCCUGGCGGCGCUCAAGACGGUGGUAACGAACCGGAUCCAGACGGGCCGGCUCAAGCUGUCGCCGCUCGAGCUGCUGUACCGCAUGUCGCCGCUCGCGUUCGUGCAGACCAUGGUGUACGCGUACUUCACCGGCGAGAUCGCCGCCGUCCAGAAGUUCGCUGGCGAGAAUAUCGGCAGGAGGGAGGUCAUGAUCCUUGCCGGAAACGGAAUCCUCGCGUUCGCCCUCAAUGUCAUCUCGUUCACCGCGAAUAAGAAGACGGGUGCUCUUACGAUGACCGUCGCUGCGAAUAUUAAGCAGAUCCUCACGAUUAUCCUGAGUAUUGCCUUUUGGGGCCUCGCCGUGGGCUGGUUGAAUGGCCUGGGCAUAUUGUUGACCCUGGCUGGGGGCGCGGCGUAUGCGAAGGUCGAGCUAGAGGCUAAACAGUCGAAAACGACGGUGCCGACUGUGCAACUGGAGGAGGUCAAGUCGGGGUAGUCGGAGUAGAGUAGAGUUUUGGAAUAUUUAGAGGCUUGGAUUGGAUUGGGGCGCAAU